UCGCCGGCUCAAUAUCACCACAGAUUCUUUAGACUUGUACAAUUCCAGUAAUCUAUGAUGGCAAUAACUAUCUGUUCUAAUCAAUACUAGAUAUCUCACGAAGGACUCUGUGUAUUUAAAGGUUUUUUUUCUCUCUUCAUGGUUGGCAGAUCAUUGCUAGAGAAUGAUAAUGGACUUAAUUGGCGGGGGUUGAUCGCGUAGAUUGUCGACUUGCUUACACUUUUUGGAAAAGCGACGCUCCGGUAGACAAUAGGUAACCGAUAUCCGUCGGUAGGGUCUCUCUUCCAGUCGUCUCCGACACUUAUUUUGGCAGUUUAUGUGUCCCUUUUGGAGAAGCUCUGAGAAAUCAAAAGACAGUUGAUAUAAAAAGAUUUUUGAUUAUGAUAUCAAUUUUCAUUUGGAUGGAAAGAAUAAAACGGUGAAUUCAGCUUUCCUGUCUGGACUAUAAUGGGAGAGAAAGAAAGAGAGAGAGAGAGAGAGAGAGAGAACUUCACCUGGAUGCAUUCUAGAUAAAGAAAGGUACAUGGAUGAUUUUGGAUACUAUUGAACUUUGGAGUCAAAUCAAGCUAAGCUGACAUACAUUAUUGUGCUCCCAUUUAAAGGCCAUCCUGGAAGGGAAAAAAUACUUAUUUUGCAUAAAGAAAUAAAUGGAGCUAUUCGGAGGUGCUGGCAGCACAAGGACAUAAGAAUGAUUGACAAGCCAAAUUAAUUGUUUGUAAAAACGAAUAUUCACAGAAAAUUAGAUAUGAAAUUUUGUACAAUUCGAUAUCUGAUUAGCCCUUUAAACUAUAGUGGGCUGGCGCAUGAUGGCUGAUACACAUAACACACCAUUAGAAUUUAUUGUGCUUGUCUCUUCUGUUGUCGGUCUUUUAAAUAAUCUUGUGUCAAUAUUUUAUAAACAGAGAAAGCAAUUCUCUCUGCCUAAGUUGUGGAAGUAUGCCUACCUAUCUAUCGAUUUUGGACAUGUUUUUUUAGGCGUUGGGUUGAUUCUUUCAAUUUCAUUUAAACUUUCUGGAUCCGAGCCAGUGUGCAAUGCCUCCGGCUUUUUGAUCGUGUUUGGCGUCUUUGAUUGUGUUUGCGGCUUUCUAACAGCAGGGAUCAUUUUAUUUGGGAUAUACAACCCAGGAAAAUCCUCGCAAAUUUCUACGUUUCACAGAAAUGUCUUCUUGGUCAUUUUCAUUCCCGAGAAAAUUAUUUCUGUGCUUCUGUCAUCGUUGCCUUUCACGCCUUUAGGAUACAAUCUUUCUCCGAGUCGUUUUGCCGUUUCUUGCGUACGAAUCAGCCAGCCCACGGAAGACGGCGGAGAAUUGGGUGUUGUAAAUUUCGGAGUACUCUGGUUGUCUCUUUCCAUCGCUCUUCUCACGUGUGUUAUCAGUGCUCUGAAACUAUGGAAAGGAUUCAGCAACCGAAUUCACACAUCCAGUGUUAACGUGUGGCAGUCCCAACUGGUGAUUGACGGGAAGAGAUUUCAGAAGUUAUUGCUGUUCGAGCUGAUAUUAUGGAUCAUAGUGUUGUUCCUGUUCAAUUUUGUGACCUACUACGAUUCUGGGGAGUUUGACUCGGCAACGUGGAUUGUUCUGGUGUCCCUAAGUAUCAUCACUGUCGUCCACAGUGUCAGUUCCCACAUUGGGAACACCAUGUGGAGUAUAUGCUGUUGUGGAACAAAUCGAGAUGUGGAGGAACCACAUCAUAAACUCAAACGACUCGAGCUUAUUAAAGUAGAGGAACCGGGGAAGUUACGACUGAGAGCAACAUGGAGUGUGUCCAAGGGUACGUUCAAGCGGGGCCUGAUGAAGGUCUACGGGUCAAACCAUGUCAAAGCGUGGGCACAGGAAAUCGUGGUUCUGGGCAUGCUCCGAAAGGCACAACAUCCUAGCCUUCUCCAAUGCCUGUGGACGAGCAGUUCUAACCCAUAUUACGAAACGAUGACCCUCAUAACAGGGGAGAUAAUUACCAGUGACUCAAGAAUUAUCUGCCUUGAGCUGACUAACAAUGGAAGCCUGGCGGAAUUGUUGCAGAAGGACGUAUCUCUCCCGGAGACAUGUCAGCGGAUGGUGGUGCAUGACAUAGCGGAGGGAUUGUUUUACCUCCAUAGCCAAAACAUCCUCCACAACAACCUCAGCUCCUCCUGUAUCUACCUCAAAGGAUCACUUCCGGAGACAGAAUACACCAGGCCUAUGUAUAGGAACAUGGUCAUGCGAGCAGCCAUUGGUGAUUUUGAAUUCACACACAUCUACGGUUCCAUGCAGCAGACAGAGACCGCAGUCACCAACAAAAGACAAUUCUUUUUACCAGACAUACGUUCCUUUGCUUUAGUUGCCUUGGAAUUAGUUACGAAAUCGUGUGAAAGACGAUUUUUAAGCAUGCAAUAUGACUGGGACUAUGACCAAGAUCCCAACGAUCUAAUCAACGCCAAGGGGCGUUUUGUUGUGAAGCCAAAUAUCAUCCCAGAGUCUCAUCCUCCAAAUGUUGACCUCAUGAAUAAUCCUUCGGACGAUUCGGAUGUGGAACAGUACUUUAGAAGGCAUCAAGAUGGCAUUAGAUCGCCAUACGAAUUAAUCGAAGAAGUAAGAAGACGAAGUAGAAGUUUGUCACCAGGAAGUCGUCCCUUGUCUGCUCAGUCAAAACGAAGCGCAAGGUCAAGGACAGUUUCUCCAGAUCAACAGAGGAUGUCUCAUAGAUCUCCUUCGGUGCAGUCAGCGAGUACACUGUUCAAUGGAAGGAGUGGAUCCCCACCACCAGAAGUGGAAGCACUACAGCAACAAACACCUGUCCCGACAGAAGUGUUUCACAAACGCUUUAUGUUGCAAGAAGUUGCAUUAGAGAGAACCGAAGCUCCAGUUGAUAAGAAAAAAGGAAAAGGUAAAAAGACUCAAACCAAAUCUUUCGAUGGGCAGGCUUUUGAAUCAAAAGGAAAAAGCAAGGAUAUAAAGAAAUCAAACAGUAAACGGCUUUUAUCAAAGCCAGUUUCAAUCAUAAAAAAUCUUACUGGCUCAGAAACCACUGUAUCAGCAUUUAAACCAACUGACAAAGCAGAUUCAUCUGGAGAGGAAGUAUCCGAGGAAGAAAUGGAAAUUCCGUUCGACAGGUACAGACUGGAUAAGAAAAUGAGACAGGACUCUAAGAAUUCGAUUCAGUCUUUUCAGUCAGAUAACUCAUUACAUCGAACGGUCUCGCAGAAAAGUGAUCAGUGGAGCAUUCGAAGUGAUAUGGAAUACCGUCCUCAUGGAUUGAAAAGCACAGUGUCAGCCGAUUCCAGAGCGUCCCUCUGGUCCAAUUUACCUCUUCCCUUGGAAUCUAUUGACGUUGAAAGAGACGAAUUAGACAAUAUUAUUGACUGUCUUCCGGGAAUGGCAGAUUCAUUAGAUUCUCAGAAACAUCGACCUAGACUUAUUGAGAUGUUAAGUGCUAGAGACAGAGUAGGGUCAAGACCGAAAACAUAUUGGCAGUCUGACGGCCCUGGACCGCAACGUUUUGAACUCGUAGAUUAUUAUGACGAAUUACAGGGCAUUUAUGUUAAAAAGUUGCAACCAAUUCGCUCCAUUCAAAGGACAUCAUCGGGGUCACAAAUACUGUCUGCACCUGUACAUCGGACUUUUUCAGGAACUCAGAUUUUACACCGAACAAGUUCUGGUCUUCAGGAAAUCGUAGAAGCAACAGAAGCAACAGAUGAUGAAGAAACACUGACGAAAGGAAAUCCACAUCAAUUAGUUCGAGACAAAACAACAAAUAAAAUCAAAGUUCGUUCUAUUCAAGAACCACAAAUGGACGAAAAACCAAAUAAACAAGAGAAGAAAACAAAGAAAAAAGAGCGUUCAAAGUCGGUUAAAAAGAAGCCUGCACCACCACCACCAACACAAGAGGAAAUAAACAAAGAAAAUAUGGAGAAAGAGGAAACUGAACACAGACGAUCAAAAGCGCGAAAUGCUCUCAAAAGAGCAUUGAGCGCAAAAUCAAGAGAUUUCAAUAUCCAAAGAACGAACAACAAAAGAGAAAACUUGGAUGUAAAGUUUGCAAACGUCAAAAAGCUCACAGUACAAACAAAUGAUGAUUCUCAAGAACAUACAGAAAGGGCUGAUGUAUCGGAAUAUAAUGAAAUGGAUCAGCAGAAUGAAAACGGCCAUACAGAACAAACACACUCCAAACGACAUUACGUGCAUGAUCCAAGAAAAGAAACAGGAGAGAAAAGGUUUAUGACAGACAAGCUAUCAAAAGCGAAUCUUAACCGAUUUUCAAGCUUUAGCAGUACUGACAGCUUCAGUAGCAGGGGAUCAAUACGAACGCGACCGGCAGAUGUUUCUCUUACGAGUGGAGAACUUACGUCUUUGUCAUCUCAAGCUGAUGCCGACACAGACGAUUUUGCUACUGAUGUCGAUGCUUCUGCAAAGGAAGUCUAUAUGAAGAAGGUCAUGCAAAGCCGGAUACGUAAGAAUGUCGAUAGCGGCUUUGAUAGUGAAAGCAGCGAGAUUUCCUCCCAUGGUCCCCACAGCAGUUACAUGUCUGAUGAUUCCGCUUUUCAUGAAAUUAGAGAUAGACGAUCAAAACCAAGAAAACAUGAUCGUUCGAAAAUGAACUCGGGUAUCUCGUCGAACUUGCAGAAUACUCCAUUACAAGAGAAAACUUUUUGUCUCACUGGAAUAAACUCUAAGCCUGUGGAAGCCCAUGCAGUGGCUGAUUCACCAGACCUUGAGAUUGAAUGUCUUCCUGAUAAUGACGUUAUACCAGAAGGGGAGGAUGAAGAAUUCCGUCCGACAUCAAGUCUUUCCCGAAUAAUAGAAGUUUCAUCAGCCUCUCCAGAACAAACCAAAGAAAUGGACUUUAAUCGGGAAGUGGAAAACUUUAAUUCUUCACAUACCGAUAAAGGUUCUGUGAAUCAAAACUUUGACUCGGUGUAUUCAAAUCGUCCUAAAACGCCUGGUUCCUCGCGACCUAAAACUCCGGGACUGUCAAAGGAAGCAUUACGAGGGCCGAAUGUAAUGUCGAGCAGUCACACUGCAGAUGCUACCAGACGCUACAGAGAACUUGUAAAGAAAGGGGUUCCACUUAGAGUUUCUGAAGUAUCAGCGAACGAAAUUGUCAACCCUUUAAAGCAGAAUCAUGUUUCUGAAAACAGUACUUUGAAUUAUCAACCUAGACAUUUAGAUGAGAACUUAUUCAAAAAUUUAGAUUCGCAGGGAUUUUUCCAAAGUGAAAGAGAAAAGAAAUUAAUUCCUGGUCGAACCUACGGUUCCUUGAAUAGAAAGUCGAGGAAAGAUCAAGGAAAGAAAACUAAAUUGCAGAUUCAGCAAUCAAAGUUAGAUGAUAUUAUCAGAGAAAGUCCGGAAGACGCAAACCAAUCUCCUAUUCAUAAAUCGCCCAGAGGCACUCACUUGUCUCCCAAUCAUGCUCAGAACGCUAAUAUUCUAAAUGAUUCUUUUACAAACGUGUCGGACAAUGAUGUUACUAUGUUUAAUCAACCACAAAGUGAGGAGUCAGAAACAUCUACCUUCCAAAAUGGAAAUCCAGGUAACGUAAAUCACGUGUCUCCCAAUCACAUUCCACAGAAUCAACCUGCAUUGGUGAUGGACGCUGAACUUUAUAUAGACCGAGUUUAUUCCCAGAAAACAUCACCGGAACAUCAGCAAACGUACCCACCAAUUUUAGACCCAGAUUUCGAUUCUCCAUUGCUUGCAAAAGACGGAAAAGCAGAUCCUUUCGUUAAAGAGAGCACCCACGUGCUCGAUAUUCCACCUGUAAUCGAAAACAAAAGAGACGACGGUGAUAUUCAAAUUGAUGUUCCUUUGAAAAUGGGAAUGUCAGACAAACACGUCUCAAAUUGCCAAAAACUGACAUCAGCACUUCAUCUUGUGUCUUUCAAUGACUUGUUGCCUGCAACACAAGAAGGCUUUAAUAUGAUGAAAAUGAAACUCCGACAAGCUGGUCAACUUGGAGACGUUGGGAGUCAGAUAUUGGAUAUCGUGAACAAGUGCUGGCUGAAUGAGACCCCGCCCACUUCCUUCGAUCUGGUGAUGCAGUUGAUGGAUCCAGUGAAAGAAACGGAACUCUAAGGUUGCUGAGCUAUGGCGUCGUAACUGACUGUGUCAUAAAAACAAAUACACCUUUUGUGCCAAAUUGAUUUAUUUUUGUAUCCUAUAAUCCGAACUAUAUAUAUAUGUACAGAUAUAUAGUUAAUGGCGAUGUAUGCAUGUUUCUGCAAAGACUUUAAUGAAAUAUUUUGCAACAUUUCAUACAAGACGUUCAUAUAUGACGUUCAUAUAUAUAUAUUUUCGUGUUUACCUUUAUUCCAACUGUGAUGAAUGAAAUUGUGAUAUUGUUUUAGAUUGUUUAUCGAUAGACACAGGGGGACCUGGGCAGCAAAUAACAUCAGUGACUUUUCCCCAUCGUGCUCAUUAUUUUCGAAGUAAAUAUUUAGAUUAUCAUGUUCUCAAAUGAAGCUAAUUAGGUUUCUUUUUGUGAUUGUUUUGUGUUGUUUAUGCAUUGAUUAAAGAAUGAGGGAACUGUGCAGGAGUAUUUGCAGUGUCGCAAUCUGUAUAAUCGUGAAAUCAUUAACAUUUUACCCCAUGCUAGGCAUCCAUGUCUUUCGUUUCUUUUCCCCUAUUUAGUUACACACAUAGGUCAUAUUUUAUUCACAUUGGUGUUCAUUCUCAAAGCAAUCAUGCCAAAUUCCUUAAGUCAUAUUCAUAAAAUCAUCAAUAUCAGAUGUCUUUCAUCAAUGAAUUAAAACUACUUUUUAUAAGAUAUAAAGGAAGCUGUGUUUACAUGUACAUACAUGUACGUAAAUUCAAAACCUAGAGCUGCAUUCAUUACUAAUCCUUACGUCCAUGAAAGCAAUACGUAUGAAUACGCUAUGAUAAAUCUGUAAUUAAUGGUGCAGAUGGUAUUUCAAAUCGAUUUGUACAUUUUUCUAUUCAGUUAGAUUUUAACGUCAUAUACCAAGUCUGUGAUAAUGUUUUAUCUGUUAUCUAUGCAAUAAACUGACAAACGUU